AUGCCAGAUCCGCAGCCUCUCGGUGCUGAAGACCUGAAGAAACUACUGAAACUUGUCGAAAGCUACAACAACUUCCGAAACACAGGCGGUUACUGGGAAUUUGGUUACGAUGUUGGAACGGGCUGGAAGAAGAUGGGUGUUGUUACCGCUCACCACGCCCAACUUCUACAAAAGUUGAAAACGAAGUUGGAGGGACACCUUUCCUUCGACACGAUCGACGUUGGACAGAAAUCAUGUCGUCGUAUUCGACUACACGCGGACCAUUUGAAGGAUUCGAACGCUUUCGUUAAGGGAAUUAGAAAUAUACGAGAUAUCCUUUGCCCAAAAGAGAGUCGACAUACGGACAAAAAUUUCGGAGCAGUCUGGGAUGACGAAAAUGAGAUGUGGCCGCUGUACGGUAUUGAUCCCAACUCACCAUACGGAUUCGUCUGUGGUUUGUCUCCCGUCUUCGGCAUUGUGACUACUGGUGUUCAUCUCAACAUCUACACACGUGACACAAACGAUAUCAAAAAUCCGAAAAAGUUUUGUAUAUUCGUUGCGAGACGUUCGGAUCGGAAGUCAACCUUUCCAAGCAAGUACGAUCAGUGCGCUGCUGGAGGCUAUCAGUACGCAGGUGGGGGUUUCGGCAAAGCUCGCGACGCGACCGCGAAAGAAUGUCUGAAACGGGAAGUGAAAAAGGAACUGACUGAUAGUCUCCCAAAAGAGUGGUUCAAAGAUGUUGAGGAAGUCUCUCCGAUCCAGUUUGCUGUCCUGCGGGAUGAACGAUGGGGCGAAGACUUUCUUGGUGCCCCUGAACUCGGCGUCAAAAUUCCAUUCGAUUUGGAAGUGAAAAAAGACCCGAUUUUCAAGCCCAAUCCGGAUGAAGUCAAGUUAAUCGAGAAGAAGUCAGUCGGCGAGAUUGUCAAAGACCUUCUCGAUCACGACUUCAAGCCAAACUCCGCACUCGUGAUGAUCGAUUUUCUGAUCCGACACGGCUGUCUGGGAGAGAUCUCACCUGGCAACGUUUUGGAUCAGAUAAACGAAAUGCUCCAAAAGCACGCAAUUGUCAGUCAUCUUCCGUACUGGAAAGUGAUGUAA